AUGUAUCCAACUUUAUUCCGUAUGACCCCAGAAGAUCGGGUCCAUUACGGAGCCCUUAUAAGACUUUUGCAGCAUUUUGGGUGGAACUGGGUUGGAAUAAUAACAUCAUGGGACGGCAGCGGUGAUGAGGAGGCCCAAGAGCUGAGUAAGAUGAUGAGCCAACACGGGAUCUGCAUAGAUUAUAUCAUUCAGAUCACUCCGGAUACUAUGGAGCUUACUCGGAAAUCAAGAAUUAUUACUCUGCCCACCUAUGCAUACAGGGCGGUAAAUGUUCUGGCCCACGCUCUACACGGAAUGUACAUGGAGAAAAAGACAUCUGAGCCCAAUGGAUUCCAGCACAAACUGCACAAGUAUGUGAGAAAUGUUCAUUACACGGACGUAAACGAUGACAAGAUCUACUUUACCGAGAGAAAAGAAAUUCCAACCAAUCUUGUUUUACAAAGCUGGUUCACUAGCAAAGCAGCUUUUUAUUAUACAACAAUUUCCAAUAUUAAAGGUCCAGAUUUUGUGCCUGAAACAUUUCCCAAUAUGAGUCGUCCCAUCUUCUGGAAAAGAAGCAAAACGGAGAGAUCUCCAACAUUUCUGGUAGAGUUUGUAUUUCUUAGUAAGUUAUUGUUGGACUGGGCAGAAUUUACUGCUGUAGACAGUGAAAACUGCAUGAAAUGUCCUGAUGAUGAAUGGCCAAAUGAGAAGAAGGAUCGGUGUGUUCCAAAGUUGUUGGAUUUCCUCUCCUACACCGAUGACACCAUUGUUGGAGUAUUUUCGGCUGUCUCCAUCCUCUGUUGGCUUCUGACUGGUUUAAUAUUGGGGAUAUUUAUACAUUAUCAGGACACCCCCAUUGUUAAAGCUAAUAACCGGAACCUGAGCUAUCUUCUCCUGGUCUCCAUCAUGCUGAGCUUCCUCUGUGUCUUCUUGUUCCUUGGCCAUCCAGUAGAUGUGACCUGCAUGCUCCGUGUCUCCUCUUUUGGUGUCAUCUUCUCAGUUGCCGUCUCUUCUCUUCUUGCCAAAAGUAUCAUGGUGUGUAUUGCUUUUAAAGCCACCAAACCUGGGAGUCCCUGGAGGAAAUGGAUGGGAGCCAAACUUCCUAAUUUUAUCAUCUGUGUGCUCUCAUUGGUCCAAAUAAUAAUCUGUGUCACUUGGUUGUCUAUUUCUCCUCCCUUCCAGGAUCGGGACAUUCACUCUUAUCAGGGGACGAUCAUCAUUCAGUGUAAUGAGGGUUCAGUGAUCGGCUUCUACUCUGUCCUGGGAUAUAUGGGCCUUCUGGCAGCUGUGAGUUUCAUUAUCGCUUUUUUAGCCAGGACAUUACCGGACAGUUUUAAUGAGGCCAAGUACAUCACCUUCAGCAUGCUGGUGUUCUGCAGUGUCUGGAUUGCCAUGAUCCCGGCCUAUCUGAGCACCAGAGGGAAAUACAUGGUGGCUGUGGAGGUUUUUGCUAUAAUGGCCUCAAGUUCUGGACUUCUUGGUUGUAUAUUUUUCCCAAAAUGUUACAUAAUUCUGUUCAGACCCGACCUGAAUACAAAAACUGUUUUUCUUGAAAAUAAGAUACCAUAUAUCUCUUCCUGUAUCCACAUAGAGUAA